UGUCCUUCUCAGACCCAUUUCAUUUGUGUGUGAGACAGUGAGAGAGGGAGAGAGAGAGAGAGAGAGAUGUCGAGUGUUUCCCCUUCGACGGCUUCCCCCUCCAUUUCGUCCUCCCCUCUCUUCUCCCCCCGCUCUCUUUCCAGAGCACUCCCCACCUGCCUCCAGCUUGGCCGGCGAGGGCGCCUCCCUUCUCUUCUUCUUCCCGUUUCUGCUGGCACUAAUUGGUCUAGGACCAAAUGCAGUUAUGCUGCAGAAAGUGUUAGUGAAAACUUUUCAUCUGCCCCAAUAGAUGUUGUGGCUGAUGUCAAGACUGAAAAGAUUGUCGUCUUGGGAGGGAAUGGUUUUGUUGGAUCUGCAAUAUGCAAAGCUGCCAUCUCCAAGGGCAUAGAAGUCAUCAGCCUAAGCAGGUCUGGAAGACCUCGAUAUCUGGAUUCCUGGAUAGAUCAAGUCAAGUGGGUUGAAGGAGAUGUGUUCUAUGCAAGCUGGGAUGAAAUCCUGGUUGGUGCCACAGCUGUGGUCUCUACUCUUGGCGGGUUUGGAAAUGAGGAGCAAAUGAAAAAGAUAAAUGGUCAGGCAAAUGUUGUGGCAGUUGAUGCUGCAAAGAAUUAUGGAAUUCCGAAGUUUAUUUUGAUCUCUGUCCAUGACUAUAACCUGCCAUCGUUCCUGCUUUCAUCUGGAUACUUCACUGGGAAGAGGGAAGCAGAAUCUGCAGUCCUCUCCAACUACCCAAACACAGGAGUGGUAUUGAGGCCGGGAUUUAUUUAUGGGAAGCGAAGAGUGGAUAGUCUGGAGAUCCCCCUCGAUCUAAUUGGAGAGCCCCUUGAGAAAAUCUUGAGUGCGACCGAAAAUUUUACAAGGCCUCUGAACUCUCUCCCUGCUUCGGACCUCCUCCUUGCUCCACCAGUGAGUGUUGAUGAUGUUGCGCUUGCAGUCAUUAAGGCGGUCACUGACGAUGACUUCUUCGGUGUUUUUACUAUUGAACAAAUCAAAGAAGCAGCUGCCACUGUGAGGGUUUGAUCUUGUCCGUGAAAACUUUUCUUCUCAUCGUGGUUUCUGACUGUGAAUCUGUUGUAGAUAAGUUCUCUUUUUGUAAGUCCGGCAUGCUGUACAACUUGACUUGGCGGAGAAGAGGUUAACGUGACGAGGAGAUUUCCAGCCUUGAAUAAAUGUGGUACAUGGAUACAAGUAGUUAGCAUUUGGUUUUGAUGUUGGACACAAGGAA